ACCCGGGGGACGGCGACGGGCGGGCGGCGAGCAGGCCCCGGGGCCGGGAGGCUUCGGGCGGCGGUGCUGGGCCCGGCGCUGCGAGAGAGGCCCUGAGAUGCCGAGCAAGAAGAAGAAGUACAAUGCCCGCUUCCCGCCGGCGCGGAUCAAGAAGAUCAUGCAGACGGACGAGGAGAUCGGGAAGGUGGCGGCCGCCGUGCCUGUCAUCAUCUCCCGGGCGCUCGAGCUCUUUCUGGAGUCGCUGUUGAAGAAGGCCUGCCAAGUGACCCAGUCCCGCAACGCCAAAACCAUGACCACGUCCCACCUGAAGCAAUGCAUUGAGCUGGAGCAGCAGUUUGACUUUUUGAAGGACUUGGUGGCGUCGGUGCCUGACAUGCAGGGGGAUGGGGAAGACAACCACAUGGACGGAGACAAGGGUCCUCGCAGGGGACGGAAGCCAGGCAGCAGUGGCCGGAAGAAUGGUGGGAUGGGAAGCAAAGGCAAGGACAAGAAGCUGUCCGGGACAGACUCUGAGCAGGAGGAUGAGUCCGAGGACACAGAUACUGAUGGGGAAGAAGAGACACCCCAGCCUCCACCCCAGGCCAGCCACCCUCCUGCCCCCUUUCAGAGCCCUUCAGCCCCCUUCAUGCCCUUUGCCUCUACUCUGCCUUUGCCCCCGGCACCCCCAGCUCCCUCAGCACCUGAUGCAGAGGAUGAAGAGGACUAUGACUCCUAGCGCCCUCUGCCCCCCAGACCAUACCCCUUUUUAGUUGGUUUUAGUUGCUCUGGGGGGAGGAGAGAAUAUGGAAGUGUUCUUAAAUUUAUUAAUAAAAUAAUAAAAGGGAAUGUGUCUUUCCA